GCAGUUGUAGUUUUUUAAUAUCCAUCGUAAAUUCAAAAAUGUAAACUUAAGGGCUGCCGCAAGAGUCAAGAAUAUAUCGAUCUUCGAUCGUCGAGAAACAUAUCGCGCUAAAGAUCUUGAACAUAUCUCGUUUUUGAAUUAAAUUUUAUCUGAGCAUUUGAACUACUUUGCCAUUUCACACUGUAUAUAAGUGCCUAUUUACUCGCCAUUAUUUUUAUACCACUUGGUAUUCACAUCGCACUGUUUAUUCAUGUAAUUGAUCACCUAUCCAUAUAGUAAUUAACUUUGGCUGUCAUUCAAGGCCUAUUUAUAUUAUCACCGAAUUCUUUGGAACAGUUUCCAUUUUUCUCGAGAAUUCUGGAGUUUCUACUGUUAAGCAGCAAAUAUGUGUCACUCAGAGCAUGAUUUAUUACUCUCCUCGUCUUUAAUACAAAAAUUGCCGACCAUCGGACGGUCUCUGCCUGCCGGCAUACCCAAACGUUGUCGAGAAUCAAUGUAUUGAUUAUCACGUGCGUGCUAAUACGUAACAUUAUUAUGUAAUCUUGCGGCAGUCCUGUGCAAACACAUCACAUUCGGUGAUUUCGAUAAAUUUUUGAGCAAUAGAAAACUUUAAGGGGUAAUAUGAAGGUAAAGGUAGCUAAAAAGAUCUACCUUUGUCCUUCGAUGGCUUCCGAUUCAUGUUUAUGGGAAGGCGACAGUACAGAAGUUUUACACCACUUCGAAGAGAGUCACGGAGAGUUUCUUCUAGAAUCUCCGUCUUUUGUAGCUGAUGUCUCCAAAGAUAAUUCUCAAAACUACAUCCUGCACCAUCACAACAAUGUUUUUCUUUUACAAACGGAGUAUACGAAAGAUGAGUUUAAAUUGACAAUUCGAUUGCGAUUUCUGGGCUCCAAAGAACAUGCAAAUAAAAUAAAAUACACGAUUGAAGUAAUUAGCGGAAACUUUUCGUUUACAAAUAGCCAUUGUCAUACGGGUUACAACCCUGUAAUAACGAAUCCAUCAUCAGGUAGCGUAGAAGUUGACGUACAAGGCAUAAUGUUGAUAUGUGGACGAUAUAACUUUGGAAAAUUACAAUGUUGCGUACAUAUUGAAGACAACUGGGGUGAAGAAGAUGAGCUUCGGUCACGUUUCGAACGAUUGAGACAAUCCGGUUCUUAUACCGACGAAUCUACUGACGACGAUCGAUCUUCGGUUUACUCCGAAAAUCUCAAUGAAACUUUCAAUAGCCACGGGUUUUUGCAACGGGAAGAUGCCAUCGAUGAGGAUUCAGCUUGUGAACUGCACGAAUCAAAUUCAUCAUCAAAAGUGGAAACUUCUGACUCAAGCAACGACGACAGUGAGAGUUUACUAAAGAAAGAAUUGACAACAGACUGUUCACAACCUGAUGAAGACGACGAUGAAAGUAACGCGUUCAAUGUUAUGACUAACGAUGAGAAGUUGGAACAACUCAAAUGUUCCAAUUGUCACAAUUACAUGAUCCCCCCAAUUUAUUUGUGUUUGAGCGGGCACGGCGUUUGUCACAAUUGCAUGUUGUUCGAUUGUCGAGUUUGUCAAGACUUUGUGACGAAAAAUAGAAACGAGACGUUAGAAGUCCUCUCAACAACGGUAAAUUUUCCUUGCCGUUACUCCAGAAACGGUUGUUUUGCUAUUCUGGGAUACUCAAAGAUACGAAUACACGAACAUAACUGCACCUUUUGCCCUUACACUUGUAAUAUUUGUGGUUUUGAAGGUCAAGUAACAGAAAUUCGUUCACAUUUCAGAAUAGCCCAUCCUUCAUUAAAAGUGUACGAGUCGGGAGACAGUUAUCCUUUCCCUAACGGAUCGGAUUUUGUUGUGAUCGAUCUCAACAACGGCGUUUUUCAUUGUACUGCCAGCAUGUUCAAUUCUAUUAUGGACUGGAAAGUGGUCUUCUGUGGGUCUACCGAUAGACAAUUUAGUUGCGAAGUGAAGGUCUUCGGCAAGAGGAGUACCAAUCAUCAGAUUUACUUCCUGGAAAGAGAAGAAAACGUCUAUAGGAUGACUGUUUCGCAAGAAACGCUUAGGUCCACUGGAGUCAAAGAAAAAUAUGCUAGAUUAUAUAUAACCAAAUUUUGGUAACAUUAGUAUGUAUUCAAUUUCUGCUACCUAUUUACCAAAAGUGAUAAAAAUUAGAUUUUUAAUUUGGCGAUAUGAAUUUUACAAUGUAUUUAUUUAUAUGCAAGCUCUGAUUUUAAACGUAAAUUAAAUAAAAUAUUAAUGUUUUUGUGCGUUAGCUUCUUCUUAAAUCUAUUGGAUGCAUAAGCGUUUUAAUAUUAAUGUGAAAAUUAAUUUAAUUUUUAUCUACUACA